AUGGGUAGUGAGAUAGAUACUAAAUCAAUUGAACCAGUUCGGACUGCUGUCUCUUUGUUUGGAGAUAAAGGGGAUCAGAAGAAAUAUCAACCUACGAGGAGUAAGAGUGAUUGUGGAAAAGAAUUUGAUGAGUUGACAAAGGAAUUGGCCAACUGUAAGGUACAACUAGAAGCAAAGCAUGCUGCACACAUGCAAGCACUUCUUAAGCUGGAGCACAACCAAAAGAUGAUUCACGAAUUGUCCACCCUAUUGAAGAAAUCUGACAUUGAAAGAAACAAGAACAUGAACGAAUGUUCAGGAUGUAGAUCUUGCAAAGAUGAACUUGAAUCCAAGAUGAAAGAGAUGGUUGAUCAGAGUUUGGAGGCUGCGAAGGUCCGGGACCAGUUUUCACAUGUUUUAAGCGAAUUGAAGACCACACAAAGGGAGCUUCUUAACAAAGAAACAGAACUUGUUGCUGCCAGAGAUUCAGAACUGAACGCUUUGACAAAAGCAAAACAAUUGGAAGCCGCCUUGGAGGUUGAAAAUGAACACAAAGAAGAAAUUCUGCAGCAUCUGAAGGAGCUCACUGAAGUUAUUCACAAUUCAAAACUUGAUGCCAUUAAAGCUGAGAAAGAGAAGUUAGUUUUAUUGUGUGAAAAGGAUGAGCAGAUUGAGUUCGCUACAAAAGCUACUGCUCAAGUACAACAACAGCUAGAGGAUAUGAGAAAGCAAGUGGAAAUAUUACAGGAAUUACAAAAUCAACCAAAGGAUUUGUCUACACUGGUUGAUUCUCUUCCCUUGGAACAUAUUCAAGCUGAUGAAAAACUCGUUUUAUCUGAGGAUUCUGCUCCCAAAGGCAUAAACGACUCAGACCAAUUAACCAUUGACAUGGAACUAAAGGAGAGAAAGAUAAUGGAUCAAUCUGUGUACAUUCAUACACUAGAAAUGGUAUUGAAUCAGUUAAAGCAAGAGGUUACUGUUGCAAAGGGAGAAAUAAAUGCCUUGAAUCUUACUAAUGAAUCACUCACAAGUGAGUUAAAAGAGGCUAAGGAAGAACUAAACAUGAACAAGGGGAGCGACAUUGAAGCACAAUUGGAAAUUGCAUUGCUGAAGUCUCAGCUGCAUGAACAUUGGCUGGAGGCAGAAGCUGAAGAGAGAAAUAGUGAGAAGAACAAUGAGCAUGUGAUAGGGGAAGUUGGAGGAUUUUCAGAGUUAGCAUUGAUGAAAAAGGAGCUGGAAAAUGCAUCGAUGAAAAUAUCGGAGUUGAGGGCUCGUGCAGAACAGGCUCUAAGCAGGGCUGAGUUAGCUGAGAAUGGUAAAGCAGCAUUAGAGGACAAAAUAAGAAGACGUAGGGAACAAAGGCACAGAAGGAGGCUUGCUCUCACAGCACUUAGGGAGGAAUCUACCCCUAAACCAUUUAGUCCUUCCUCCUCACAUGGAACACCUGGAACCUACCAGCCCUUAGGUAAGGUUCUCAACAUGAAGUUGUGA